GUGGUCGCGCUUUCGUGGCUACAAAAUAAAGCCAAACCCACCGGUGGCAUUGCAUUCGGGGUUCGGAACGACAGUCGCGUGGAAGUAGUGAUUGAACAAAAUAUUCCCCAAGAUGAAGGUGCUCUUGCUGGUGUUAGUUUUCGUUUGUAUAUUGUACAUUUUCCAUCACUAGUUGCGGUUAGUGGAUGGCCCGUGGGCUGGAGGGCCAUGCGACGUCCUCGAGUGUUGGUAACGCACCAUCAGGUGCAACCGGUGGCAUUAGAGUUACUGCGUAAGGACUGUGACGUGAUCGUACCCACGGACGACUUUCCAUCCCGCGCUCAAAUACACGAUCUAUGCCCGGGCGUUGAUGGACUACUGUGGACCAGCUACAGGAUGAAACUAGAUCGCGAAGUGCUGGAUGCAUGCGGACCACAGCUCCGGGCUAUUUCUUUAACGAUGAACGGUGUCGAUUGUGUGGAUACGGAAGAGCUGAGGCAUAGAGGCAUCCCGCUAGGACACACCCCGUUCAUUCCGAAUGAGUCCGUAGCGGAUUUAGCGAUCGGUCUCAUGAUUGUCACCAACGAAGGUUUGUUCCAUGCCGGCAACAAUCGUAACUCUCGUCGAGCUAUCCAAGGAUCGACGGUUGGAAUUGUUGGAUUCGGUGGCAUUGGACAAGUGAUCGCGAAGAGAUUGCAAGGGUUCGCUAUCGGCUUGAUCCUGUACUGUGGUCGCAAUGCUAAAGCGGCUGCAGAAAGAUUUAACGCUCAACACGCAUCGUUCGAAGAACUUCUCGCCCGAUCGGAUAUCAUUUUCAUCAGCUGUCCGUUGAAUAAGGAUACGUGCGGUUUGUUUGAUCGGGAAGCAUUUUCAGCGAUGAAAGCCACCGCCAUUCUAAUCAACAUUGCACGUGGCGCGAUAGUGGACGAGAGCGCACUGAUCGAAGCGCUGAAAAGUGGCCGAAUACGUUCGGCAGGAUUAGACACGGUGACUGCGGAACCAGUUCCCCCCGACAGUGAACUGUUUCAGCUAUCCAACUGUGUAAUUGUACCACACUUGGGAACGGCCACCAAACGAACUCGGGACGAAAUGGCUGUGCGGGCGGUGAACAAUUUAAUCUGUGGAUUGCGGAAUGAAACGAUGCCAUCACAGUUUCAAUAAAGCUCCAAUGAACAAGUGUUACCACGAAGAAAAGGCACUUUAAUGGCAAUACAAUACUAGUGUAAGGUUGCAUUUCUUAUUUCCUUGCCCUUUUGUAUAAAAACUAUCUGCAUAAUCAGUCGUACACUAGUGAAUGUUCCGAAUUGCGUCACGUCCAACAUAAAAUUCAUUUCUAAAUAACUAAUUUGGUU